AUGUGCACAUGUGCAGUUAAAUUACCUAGGUCAACACCCAGUCACCGGUUUUCUGAGUCACCAAUCGUUGGGAGGGCCCCUUUUGAACCCCGCCUUCCCCUGCAUUCUAUAACUGCAUCAUGUCUUUCCAACCUACAUCACACUUUGACCCAGGUCUCAACCUCUUCAAAACGGAAACAAUGGCAGCACAGGGAACCUGUCCUCCCAGACCCCAGGAAACGAAACAUUCUCAUUACCAGCGCCCUUCCAUACAUCAACAAUGUGCCGCACCUUGGCAACAUCAUCGGGUCAGUCCUUUCAGCCGACACGUUUGCGCGGUACAGCAGAGCGCGCGGCUUCAACUCACUUUACAUUGGUGGUACCGACGAAUACGGAACCACCACCGAGGCCCGAGCCCUAGUUGAGAACUGCACCCUGCAAGAGCUUUGCGACAAAUACUACGCGAUUCACGCUGCAGUCUACAAGUGGUUCAGCAUCAGCUUCGACAUCUUUGGUCGCACCACAACACCGCUGCAAACGGAAAUCACCCAAGAUAUCUUCCUGAAGCUCAAGGACAAUGGUUUUCUCGAGGAACGCAUGACAACCCAGCUCUACUGUGAGCAGCACCAUUUGUUUCUCGCUGAUCGCUUCGUCGAAGGCGAGUGUCCUGAUUGUGGCUAUGUCGAUGCUCGUGGAGACCAGUGCGACCUAUGCGGUAAACUUCUCGAGUCCCUGGAGCUUAUUCGCCCGCGCUGCAAGGUGGACGGUUCUGUACCAGUUACCAAAGAGACCAAGCAUAUCUUCUUGGAGCUGGAUAAGCUCCAGCCAGAGGUGGAGGCUUUCUUCCAGGAGUCAGCUGCUAAAGGCGCGUGGUCUAGCAAUGGAACAUCAAUCACAGCAGCGUGGCUCAAGGAAGGACUACAGCCGCGAAGCAUUACGAGGGACCUCAAAUGGGGCACUCCGGUGCCCACGAGUUUGGAAGGCUAUGAAGAGAAGGUUAUCUACUCGUGGUUUGAUGCUUGGCAAGUUGAAAUCCUGUUCCACUCCAAUUACACCGACCAAUGGGAGAAGUGGUGGCGCAGCCCAGACGACGUGCAGCUCUACCAAUUCAUGGGCAAAGACAACGUUGUCUACCACAGCAUCAUCUUUCCCGCCACCAAAAUCGGAACGCACGAACCCUGGACAAAGCUCCAUCACCUCUCCACCACCGAUUACCUCACCUACGAAGGCGGGAAAUUCUCCAAGUCUCGAGGAAUUGGCGUCUUUGGUGAUUCUGCGAGAGAAACCGAGGUGCCCUCAGACAUUUGGCGGUUUUAUCUCCUCUACUGCAGGCCCGAGACUGGUGACAGCGAGUUCACCUGGGACGGCUUCAUCAGCGCCAACAACAAUCUCCUCCUCAAGAACCUAGGCAACUUUGUCAGCCGUGUCGUCAAGUUUAUCAACUCGCGUCACUUCAACAAUGUGGUGCCUGACUGGACACAAUAUGGCGAGCCUUCCUUCGAUGCAUUCAAAGCAGAUAUCAACCAGCUACUGGCACAAUACAUCCAAGAGCUUGACGGGGUUAAGCUCCGUGCCGGACUGUUGACAGCGCUCCAGAUUUCUCAGCGUGGAAAUGGCUUCCUCCAGGCGAGUAAACUUGACAACAGUCUGUACGAGACCCAACCUGCCAAAUGCGCCGCCGUCAUCCUUCGUGCCAACGCACUGCCUAUUCUCGAGGAAUGGACUGCCGAUUCCAUCAGACCGGGACAUGAGAUCAGUUUGUCACAGCAUCUCUUCUCCCGAAUCAAACCCGAGAAAGCAGAGGAGUGGCGACAGAAAUAUGGCAGCGAGGAGGCCAAGAAGCUGAAAGAGGAGGAGGCUGCAUUGAAGGCGAAUAAGGCUUCGAAAAAGAAGAAGGGGGGUGCUGCUAAAAAAGCGGGAGGUGCCUCUGCUGUCCAGCCUUCCAUGACAGAGGAUGAUGUUGCAAGUACAGUUUCGACAGAGGCAGCUUUGGACGGCCCGAAACUGAAUUGA